CUGGACACGCCCCCUAUGGAACGGCGUGUAGCCAAUGUUCCCGAUCCAAAUCCCGAUGUGUGGCUACCAAUGGCGGAGAAUCAUGUGAAAGGUUGUAUUUCCGAGGACCGCCCCCGUGCGAACUUCCCUCUAGCUCACGCUGAGAGUGCUUCUUCUCGACCCUCAGAACCGCCACCUCUACCCGGCAGCUACAAAGGGCGCUCAUCCGCUGCCACACUUGCAUUUGUUCUUGACGGUCAAGAGCUCUUGAGAGACUUUUGUACUCUUAAGCAGGUCCAUCUCCCUUUCUUGAUGCUUGACCCGGAGUACUCCGCCGCCACACUACGGGACGCAAAGCCCUUUCUGUGGCUUUGCAUCGUCGCAGUUUCAGUGAAAUCCACGCUCAAGCAGCAACAAUUAUACGGCGAGAUUCGCAGCAUCAUCGCCAAUAGCAUGGUGGUCGAACUUGAGAGAAGUCUUGAGCUACUUCAAGGGCUUCUAGUGUGUAUCGCAUGGGGCAACUUCCAAGUAAAGAGACGACCAUUCUUGACUCUUUUUAUCCAACUCUCUACCACAAUUAUAUUUGACCUUGGUUUAAACAAGGCGCCACCCACCAUCUCUGAAAGCACUUCUGACCUCAGACUUCAUCAGCCAUGGACACCAAGCACCCGAACAUCCGAGGAGCGGCGCGCCGUUCUUGCUUGCUAUUUCCUGAGCUCCGUAAUCUCAUCGUACCUUCAUCAGGCCGACAGGCUCUGCUGGACAAGUGAGAUGAGCAAGUAUCUCGAGGACCUGGCAGACGAAGGCAAUGGUACAAGCAACUUGACUCUUCUGAUGCUUGUUAAAAUACGACGAGUUCUCGAGAAGGCCUAUUACUCGCCUGCCGAUGGCCGCAACCGGAAUCGAUUUCAGCCAUCCAACACCCCACCAUCUUGGAUGGCUGAGGUGAUACAAGCGGACCUGGACCGAAUAAAGGCUGAAGCAGUUUCCCUGUCGCAGGAACCAGUUGUCCUUUCUCAUCUCCACUAUGCCACUUUUGCAAUCCACGAAUUUGUAGUCCCAGAUGCCUAUCCAAGCACAUCUUCAGCCUCACAAGACACAUUGACAGAUUUAUAUGUUUGCCUGAGAGCACUCGAGUCUUACUUUAAUAUUCUCUUCACCUAUCAGCCGGCUCAAUACACUGGCUUUUCCCUGGCCUCGAUCUAUCAACUCAUGCAUUCGGCCCUGUCUUUUCGCAAGAUCGCAAGAUACCUUCCACCAGAAAGCCGCGGUCUCACAGCAUCCGAGCCCCUGGCAUUCAAAGAUCAAAGGAUUUGCCAAAACUUGAGGCGUGUGGCCUCGGAAGCCGGAGUGCGUGAAGAUGGCCCACCGACUGUUUUUACUAAGCUUGCGGCUAUGCUGGAAGACCGGACGCGGGAGAGCGAGUCCAAUGAGAACGACGCUGCCAUGGCGUCAUUUUAUCCAGAAGAUAUUUUCACCGGGGAGUUUCUCGACUUGAUAGGACCCUACAUGGAACAGGAACAACUGCAAGUCUAA